AUGGCCUCCAUCAACAACAAAGUUAUCGCAAUCACUGGCGGUGCAUCUGGCAUGGGCCGCGCCACAGCGACUCUUCUCGCCUCACUCGGUGCCCGCGUAUCGCUCGCCGACGCCAACGCCUCUCUGCUCAAAGAGGUCGAGGCUGAGCUCGCGGCCGCUUACGGCGCAGAAAACAUCUACACCAAGCUCGUUGACGUUCGGGACCGUGUCACCGUCGAGGCCUGGAUCAAGGAGACUGUCGACAAGUUCGGCAAACUUGACGGCGCAGCGAAUCUGGCGGGCGUUUCUGGGCGGCAGCAGAACGUCGCGUCCGUCGCCGAGAUCGACGACGAUGACUGGGACUUUGUCAUGGACGUCAAUGUCAAGGGCGUGCUCAACUCGAUGCGAGCGCAGAUCCCCAUGCUGAACGACGGCGCUUCGGUGGUCGUUGCGGCGUCCACCGUCGGCCUCAUGGCUCUGCCAAACAACGCGGCCUACGUGACGAGCAAGCAUGCCGUCGUCGGGUUGACCAGGACGGCGGCGAGGGAACUCGGGUCAAGGUUUAUAAGGGUAAACGCAAUUGCUCCUGGACCCAUUGAAACGCCCAUGUUGAAAGGUGCGGCUACGCGCAUGGGGGGCAACCCCGAGGACAUUCCCAAGGCCAUGUCUCUGGAGAUAAUGAGAUUGGGUAAAGCGACUGAGGUUGCCGCGCUCGUUGCCUUUUUGCUGGGGGAUGACUCCAAGUUCAUCACAGGAUGCGUCUACCCCGUUGAUGGUGGCCAGCUAUGCUAG